AUGCCAUACGCCCUAUCAGAAUCUCACAAGAAACUUGUCUCCUCUCAUUUGAGUGAAACUGAUCCUGAAGUGGAACAAAUCAUUAAGGAUGAAAUCGAAAGACAAAAGCACUCCGUGGUUUUGAUUGCCUCUGAAAACUUUACCUCCACAUCAGUCUUCGAUGCAUUGGGAACCCCAAUGUGUAACAAAUACUCUGAAGGUUACCCAGGUGCUAGAUACUACGGUGGUAAUGAGCAAAUUGAUAAGAUGGAAAUUCUAUGUCAAAACAGAGCUUUGGAGGCUUUCCAUUUGACUUCCGAUAAAUGGGGUGUCAAUGUGCAAACCCUUUCUGGUUCACCUGCAAACUUGCAAGUUUACCAAGCUUUGAUGAAACCUCAUGAAAGAUUAAUGGGUCUAUACCUACCAGAUGGUGGUCACUUGUCUCACGGUUAUGCUACUGAAAACAGAAAAAUCUCAGCAGUCUCUACUUAUUUCGAAUCUUUCCCUUACAGAGUUGAUCAAACUACCGGUAUUAUCGAUUACGAUACUUUAGAGAAGAACGCAAUCCUUUACAGACCAAAGAUCUUGGUCGCAGGUACUUCUGCUUACUGUCGUUUGAUCGACUACAAGAGAAUGAGAGAAAUCGCUGACAAGUGUGGUGCCUACUUGAUGGUCGAUAUGGCUCACAUUUCUGGUUUGAUUUCAGCUGGUGUCAUCCCAUCUCCAUUCGAAUACGCUGACAUCGUUACUACCACUACCCACAAGUCUCUAAGAGGUCCUCGUGGUGCUAUGAUCUUCUUCAGAAGAGGUGUCAGAAACAUUAACCCAAAGACCGGUAACGAAGUCCUAUACGAUUUGGAAAAUCCAAUUAACUUCUCAGUUUUCCCAGGUCACCAAGGUGGUCCUCACAACCAUACCAUUUCUGCUCUAGCGACUGCCCUAAAGCAAGCUACCACUCCAGAAUUCAAAGAAUAUCAAGUUCAAGUUUUGAAGAACGCCAAGGCUCUAGAAAAUGAAUUCAGAAAAUUGGGUUACAGAUUAGUGUCUGAUGGUACUGAUUCUCACAUGGUUCUUGUUGCCAUUAAGGAAAAGGGUGUUGAUGGUGCUCGUCUAGAAUACGUUUGUGAAAACAUUAACAUUGCCUUGAACAAGAACUCUAUUCCAGGUGAUAAGUCUGCUCUUGUACCAGGUGGUGUUCGUAUCGGUUCUCCUGCUAUGACUACCAGAGGUAUGGGAGAAGAAGAUUUCGCCAAGAUUGCCGACUACAUUCACAGAGCAUUCAACAUCGCUCUUGCCACUCAAAAAUCUUUGCCAAAGGAAGCUAACAGAUUGAAAGAUUUCAAGGCUAAGAUUAAUGAAGGCUCUGAUGAAAUCACCGCCCUAAGGAAGGACAUCUACGACUGGGCCGGUGAAUUUCCAUUGCCAGUGUAA